AUGUCGCCUUAUUUUUUUGUUCUUCAAUUGGGGUUUUUUAUAACGCCUCUGUACGGGGCGAAAGGCGGGAGAUCCUCGGGUAGAUCGACUGGAGUUAGCUAUCCUGCUUCUCAUGGUUUGUCCGGAAAUUCGUACGUACAUUCAAAUACUCGCACUCCACAAUCUUACCCCCGUGCGACCCAAACCCACCGUUACCCGCACUCGCCAGGGCUCUCGGGACACAGGACCGAGGUACAUCACUACCACUACUCCCCUCCACAACACAUAAGCUAUGGAUCGGGCCAACAUCCCGUUUUCCACGGACAACCUCCCGUAUACGUUUACCAGUAUAGAAAUUCGGGCAGCCGAUUUGAUAACCUCUUAACCGGUUUGGCUUUAUACAAUUUGGGCAGGAUGUCGUCCAACCAUUAUCAAGAUAAUCACUUCAGGGAAUACAGAGGAAGUCCAGGUGAAAUAUGCAAACUAAGUAUCCAUAAAAAGAAUGGCGAAUACGAAGAGACGCGUAUAGAUUGCAAACUGAUGUCAAGUUUUAUUUGGGAAUCUGAACGUGAACAAAAAACGACCACUAAUGUGACUAAAACCAUCAGCGUUGUCCAGGAAGUUAUCAAGGAUGGUAAUUCGACGGUUUCAGUUCAGAAUACUACGGUAGUUGAUGCCCUUCAAGUUAAAGGACCCUCUAUUCGCGUGUCACCAGAAAUGAGUUGCUUCUUAAUUCGGGUUUUUAGAGAUACUUCGAUAAUAAAGAAAAAAGUCGAGUGUGGUCUGUUACAAGAAUACGCCACUAGAUCACUACAAUACAGCAGUUGUGUUCGAAUGUCACCGACGAUGUCAAUUACGUUUACGAUUGUAACAGUUUUCUUGCUUCAGACAUUAAAAACGUGACAAGUGUGAUUUAAUAUAAAUUUUUAUUUAAAAAAAUAUGUAAUAAAUCCAAGUUUAAAUAUCUAGUUUAUCAGAAAAUAAUUUGGGCAAGCCUUGCC